CUUUCUUUCUCACUCUCUCUCUCUCGCAUCCCCCCUAAAACCCUAGUCGAUCCCCUCCAUUUCCUCGCCGUAUUCGCUCUCCCCACCGCCGGAAGCCUCGCCGGCGCCGGCGCCGGCGCGGCCCAUCUCCAUCCUCGUCGCGCCGCCUCCAUGGGCGGUGCCUCGAAGCUCCUCGCUCUCCUCUCUGCCUCCAAGCCCGAUCGAUUCAGGGUUAUUGCGGGGAACGGAUCUCAGUUGUUGUAUCAAAAUGGCGUUGAAUCAACUAGGCGAAUGAGCUCAUUUUUGAGUGGUGGUGGUGGAGAAAACAAUCUUGGAGCUGGGAGGUUUUGUUGCCGUAGCUAUGUCACCAGCACUUUGGUUCUUCAAUCUAGGUCCUCUGCUUAUAGGGAAGUUGUGGAAGACCAAGUCUAUGGACAACGUGGAUCAAAAGCAACUUUGCCAGCAGAGAGAAAUGCUGAGAUGAUUAAUCAGAUACAAAGAAGUGAGAAUGAGCCAGUCAUCAAACAAGUUGGCAAAAAUAUCACAUCAACAGAUAAAAGGAGAUUUCUUGUUAACACGCUCCUUGACCUAAAAGAUUCCAAAGAAGCUGUUUAUGGUACUCUUGAUGCUUGGGUCGCCUGGGAGCAAACAUUUCCUCUGAGCUCACUGAAGAAAGCACUUCUUGUUCUUGAAAAGGAGGAACAAUGGCAUAAAGUUGUUCAGGUUGUAAAAUGGAUGUUAAGCAAGGGGCAAGGAACUACAAUGGGAACAUAUGAGCAGUUAAUUCGUGCAUUGGAGAAAGAUAACAGGGCGGAGGAAGCUCACAAAAUUUGGGAGAAGAAGAUGAGUCACGACUUACAUUCAGUGCCAUGGCGCUUCUGUGAUCUUAUGCUAUCAAUUUAUUACCGAAACAACAUGCUAGAAAGGCUUGUAAAGCUCUUCAAAGGGCUAGAAGCAUAUGAUCGUAAACCUCCAAGUAAGUCAGUUGUGCGGAAAGCAGCAGAUGCAUAUGAGAUGCUCGGCUUAAUAGAAGAAAAGAACAGAGUGCUCGAAAAGUAUGGCCACUUGUUCUCUAAGUCAUCGGACGAACGUCAAAAGAAAUCUCGAAAAGCCCGAAAGGUUGCACAGAAGGUUGAUGACAAAGCAGAUAACAGCAAACAGAAGAGGAAAGAAGCAUCUGAUGAAACGUCAGCGGAUUCUGGACCUUCGGAUGUAGAGACUGAUGCUUGUGCUUAAUUGAGACCAUCUGUUUUUUUCUUUUUUUUGCGAAGAGUUACAUGGGCCGGCGAGAUCAAAUUGGGCAUCAAGCAUAUAUCAUCUUAUCUGCAAUCAUCAGCAAAAGCUGAUUCACAGUUUGAUGGUACACUAAAGAGGCUGAUUGCGAAAGGAAUUGGCAAUUGGUUGUUGCGCAAACUGGGGAAUGUUAGAUAAUUUGUGAAAUAUAACCACAUCUGGUGAAACUUGAUUGCUGGGGUUUGCCCUAAUCGAACCUGCCAUCGUCUAAUUACCUCUUGGGACUAUCCUUGACAAUAGCUGAAGAUAGUUCACAUGAUAAUGCUGAUAAUAACCAAGGAGAUGAUUAAUUAUGUUGGUUCUGUAUUCAUGAUUUUCGCAGACAAUAUCUAUGUUGUUGGCUUAGUUUGCAGUUCUUUUUUUUUCUUUGGUUGGAGUGGAAUAUGUAAGACUUAGUUGUAUGUUGCGAAGAAUGAGAAAAGAUAUAACUCGGUGUUUACUCUCUGA